AUGGGAAAUGAAUGUACUCAAUUCUUAACAAAACGUCUUGCAGACCCAUCACCUUCUUUAGUAUCAUACAAAAGACAUGGAUCAUUACCAAAACAAUCAUCACCAGAUAUUCAUCCAAAAGAUUCUAUAUUGAAACGUAUUGAACAUAAAAAAGGUGAACCAUCAACUUUAUUAUCACAAUAUCGUAAACCUACCAUGAUCGAUAAUUAUAUGAUUAUUUGGUUAGUUUCAAAUAUUGAUGAGAAUGAAAAUAAUAUUAAGUAUCUCAAGAAUAUGUUCAAUUGUUUUCGAGUAUUUACUGAUAUCGAUGAAUUCUUUGCAUUUAUACUUGAUAUGAAAAAAGAAGAAAAAGUCUUUUUGAUAUUAUCUGAUAUAUUUGCUGAGAAGAUUCUUUCAUUUAUUCAUAAGAUGUGUCAAGUACUUGUAAUUUAUAUAAUAUCAAAUAUGAGAUCAAAUAAUGAAGAAUGGAUAAAACAAUAUGACAAAAUCGAAGGUGUAUUCACUAAUGUUGAAUCAAUAUGUAAGAAUGUGGAAGAUAAAGUUCAUUUAUCAGAAAAUGAUAUUCUACCAAAUGAAAUAUUGAAUUCAUCACAAGUUAUUAUUCAAUAUUUGAUUGAAAGAAUUCUUCUUUAUGAAAUGAAGUAUGAUGAAAAUUGUAAAAGCGAUAUGAUUAAUUAUGCUCGUGAACAAUAUCCUGAUGAACUAGAUAUUAUUGGUGAUUUCGAACAAAAUUAUGUACCUUCAAAAGCUGUUUGGUGGUAUACAAGAAAAUGUUUUGUUUAUCAUAUGAUUAAUAAAGCUUUUCAAAUGCAAAAUCUUGAAAUGUUGAUAAAAAUGGGAUUUUUUAUUCGUGAUCUCCACAAACAAAUCAAUGAGUCUUGUGUGAAAAAUGACAAAUCAGAUAUUAAAGUUGUUUAUCGAGGACAAGGAAUAUGUGAGAAUGAUUUAAAACUCAUUAUCAAUAAUCAACAAAAGUUAUUUACAUUUACAAAUUUUCUUUGGACAACAA